AUGUGGGAUCUCAUGUACCCAAGAUCCUCCCGCUCAAAGAACCGCCACCACCACCACCACGGCCACCGAAACGGCCGCUGUCGCGCAUGCAAGGAGCCCAUCGGCACGGCGAGGAUCCACGGGCAAAAGGUCGACCUCGUGUACUGCCAGAAGCACUACUGCGCGCGAGUUCUGCCUGGGGGGUUGAUCUGCUCGGCACAGAACAAUGGGAGGACGAUGUACUGUGAUAAUCAUGCUCGAUGUACAGCGACUGGCGACGAAGGCCGUUGUUGGAGGACCGUCAAAGAAGACAACCCCGAGAAGUACAAGUACUGCAAAGAUCCCCGUCGCACCGAUCCCACGAACCCCCACUGCCCUUUCCACCGCUGCACCAAACCCGCCUGCGACCGAGCCCGCAUCCUCGACCUCGCCUCGGCCUUUUGCGACAACCACACCUGCGAGGCAGCCUCCUGCACGGCCGCCGUCGAGGGCAAAGGCGAGCACGGUGAUCCCACGCGCUUCUGCGACCACCAUCGCACUGGCGGCGAGGGGAUGGCUAGGUACUGUGGCCUGCACUACUGCCAGGCGGGAGAGGGCGGUGGUAGGUCUAGCGGCUUCUGUGAGGAGCAGCGCAGUGCAGACAGCGAUCGGUACUGCAAGCGACACCUGUGCACCGAGCCGGCCUGCACGCGAGGCAGGAAGGGAACGAACGGCAGUGCAGGAGGUGAUGGUGGUGAUGGAGGCAGCAGCAGGUUCUGUGAUGCGCACGCGUGCAAGACCGAGGGAUGUGGUGCGCGGAGGGACCAGAGGGUGUCGGGGGCUGAGCACUGUCCUGUGCACACCUGCGUGGUGGAAGAGUGCGCAAGACCUGCGGCCUCGAACAGAAACCGGUGUGAGGAUCAUCAGUACUGUGUCGUCGCAGGAUGCCUGCCUUUCCGCCACCGCAACGUCCCAAACACAGGCACCACAGCAUCCAGCACCGCCAUUCCCUCCUCCUCUUCCCACUACUGCGACGACCAUGCCUGCGGCUUCCGCACCUGUCCCCACCCCCGGCCCCCAGGCUCCUUACAGUACUGCAUCAUCCACAAGUGCGCCUCGGGCCUGUGCCAGGAGCAGGUAAAGAAUGCCCUUCUCCUCCACCUUCUUUCCCCACCGGCUACCAACACCACCACAACUAACAGCACCAACAUCAACACCAACACCGCGACGGCCAUGCUCAACGACAGCACAGCCCUUCACGCGAGAAUCCUCCUGCUGGCUGGCCUGUUGGGAGGAGGAGGACGAGGAGGAGCAGCCGGGCCAAGCAGGUUCUGCGCCGCACACUCGUGCCAGGGCGACGGCGGGCGCUGCGGGGCAGAGGUUGCUACCAACAACACCACGACAAGUACCAGCAACGGAACCCCAACCACACUCGGCGGCGCAGGCAGGAUGGGUGGUCGUGCUGCUGCUGCUGCUGCUGCUGCUGCUGCUGCUGCUGCUCCCUUUGACGGCGGCGGCGGAGAACAUGCUACCACCGCCCCGAGACGGUUCUGCGAGCGCCAUGAGUGUGUCUACCAUGGGUGUAGGGCAGAGGCGGCGCACCAUCAGUCGCGGCGGCGUGGUGACGGGCGAUGGGUGGGCGGUUUGUGCGAUCGACAUGAUAGGAGGAGGAGGAGGGAGGCCAAGAUGGCUGCUGCUGCCGGCGUUGGAAUAGGAGAAGAAGGUGGCGCUGGACUAGGAGGGGGAGUUGGCAUUGGGCCGUAUGGGCCUGUGAUGGGGAUGCCAAUGCCAAUGCCUAUGCCUAGAGCUUCUGGAUCGAUGGGCUUCCCACCAUGGCCCCUCUUUGGGGGUCCUUUGUACGACAGCAGCGAGUCGGACAGUGAUGCGGACGACUGGGGAACGCCAAUGGGUGGACCCUUUGGAGGGCCUUUCUUCUAA